GCGGAGGUGGAGGCCGAAGGAAUCAGAUCGGCGCCCAAUGCAGCUUCUCGGCAGCAGGUUACUUUGCAUUUCACCAUCUCCAUUCGGCGAGAAGCCCGUUCGUUCCCGUCUGGCGGUGGGCAGCACCCGCUCACACUGAGUCCAACUCAUCAUGUUUUGGAAGUUUGACCUUCACACAACGUCACACAUUGACACGCUUUUAGAACGUGAAGAUGUCACACUCUUUGAGCUUAUGGACGAGGAGGAUGUCCUCCAGGAGUGUAAGGCCAAUAACCGCAAGCUGGUGGAGUUUCUAACACGGCCACAAAACAUGGAGGCACUUGUCACCUGCAUUACAGUGGAACCGUCGGAAGAUAUGGACGAGAAAGUUCGAUACAAGUAUCCUAAUAUAUCCUGUGAGAUCUUGACAGCUGACGUGACUCAGGUUAAUGAUGCACUGGGCGAGGACGAGUCGCUGUUGAGUCGCCUCUAUGCCUUUCUGCAAAAUGACAAUGUUCUUAAUCCUUUGUUGGCAAGCUUCUUCAGUAAAGUAAUGGGCAUCCUCAUCAACAGGAAGAGCGAACAGAUAGUGGAUUUUCUACGGAAGAAGGAUGAUUUUGUAGGCUUACUGUUGAAACACAUAGGAACUUCAGCCAUUAUGGACCUUCUACUCAGGCUUCUCACGUGCGUGGAGCAGCCCCAUCUCAGGCAGGAUGUUCUGAAUUGGCUAAACGAGGAGAAAAUUAUCCAGAGACUCAUCGAGAUGAUCCACCAUUCCAAAGAUGAGGAUCAACACUCUAAUGCAUCCCAGUCUCUCUGCGACAUUAUCCGACUAAGCCGUGAACAAAUGAUUCAAAUUCAGGACAGUCCAGAACCAGAUCAGCUGCUCGCCACACUUGAGAAACAGGAGACUAUCAAGCAGCUGCUUAGUAACAUGUUUGAGGGUGAGAAGAAUGAAUCGGUGAUUGUUAAUGGGAUCCAGGUACUGCUGACGCUGCUGGAAACACGUAGACCCCGAUCUGAUCUGGGUGGUAUGAGUGGGCUUUUCUGCAACAUCGAUGGCCAGCUGGAUCUGUGCCCCCCUGGAAUGGAUCAUGCCUGUAGUCAGGUCAGUGCAGGAACCCUCCAGGCCAUCAAACUGAGACUGCGAGACUUCCAUCAACUCCUCCUUGACCCACCAAAGAAAAGUAAAAUGGUGACAACCUGGGGCAUCCUGGACCCACCACUGGGGAACACACGGGUUCAUGUGGUCAAGCUCGUCACUAGCAUCUUGCAGGUGAACAAUAGCACUGUGAAUCAGGAGUUGAUGGAGUUAAACACACUGGAUGUUCUUCUGGAUCUCUACUUCAAGUAUGUGUGGAAUAACUUCCUUCACUUGCAAGUGGAGCUGUGUAUUAGCACGGCACUGAGCAAUCCCCCAGCAGAAGAUAGCACUGAAACUAAUGUGGGAAAUCACACCGAAAACAACUCUGAAUCCACCCGAGAUAAUCCACUCAUCAGACAUCUCUUCCAGAAGUGCCAAUUAAUGCACAGAGUAGUGUCGGCCUGGGAGGAAAAUGAAAAAGUCCAGUCAGAAGGUGGCAGGCGAAAAGGGUACAUGGGUCAUUUAACAAGAAUAGCAAAUGCCAUGGCACAGAACUCAGAAAAUGGUCCUAACCACACUUCAAUAGCACAGAUGAUCAAAGAACUGCCAGAUGAAGAUCGGGAGCGGUGGGAGAAGUUUGUGCUGGGAUCACUCUCUGACAUGAAUAAGAAGAACACUGUUGAUUUGGUAAAUAUGCGGAACCUACACUCCUCAAGUGACGACGAUGAGAAUGAUCUAAAAGAAUUCAGCUUUCCUCAGGAGGCUGUUCUGCAACAGGCAUUCUCGGACUAUCAAGUUCAACAGAUGACCUCCACUUUUAUCGACCAGUUUGGCUUCAAUGAUGAAGAGUUUGCCGAGCAGGAAGAAAGUGUCAACUCCCCUUUUGAGAGAGCAGCUAAUAUCAGCUUUGUGUUCGAUGCCAACAGUGACAGUCCAAACACCAACCUGUUUGAGGAGUGUUGGAAGGAGCGAAUACGGCAGUUCAAUGAUGAUGAAGGCUCAGACGAGGAUGAAGUGUGGCAGGAAAAGGACCUGCGUUUUGCAGCCGAUGCUCGGCGUGUUACUAGGAGCUCUGGGAGUACAGACAGCGAAGGAAGCAGAGACUCAGAAGAAGACGAAGAUGAAGAAGGGGGGCAGACGACUGUAAAACCCACGGACACCAGGAUGGAAGUAGACCCAAACAAAGAAGCUGGUUGGACAGCGAACUUUGAUACUGUACCUAUGACAAAUAGCGGUGGGAGCCAGAGUGUUGCAGAUGCUGGAUUUAGUGCGUGGGGCAGCACAGAACCCGCAACGUCACCACCUCCAAUAGAAGGAUGGGCAGUAUUCGCCAGCUUUGCCUCCCAGGCUGGCCCCUCUGGACGCUUGCGAACAAACUCUCCUGUAUCUAUGGAAACAAAUUCUGCUCCUGCCGACGAGCUCCAGAGUAGUGGUGACGGACAUAGCAAAACAUCAGAAGAAAAAACUUUGGACGUGCAGAGCAGUGGAGAAGAUGAAAAAGUGCCAGAUGCCAUGAAAACGGGUAGGAUGUCACACACAGGCACGGAAAAACCGGCAACGGAAAACGUGGCGGUCCUCAACGGCUCCAUGCCAGAAGCUGUCUUGCCCUCUGAGGUGAACGAUCCAGAAGCUAAAACACGCACAAGUGAGGAAGAACUCUUAACUACCUCCGAAGUUGGACCUACUGCAGGAAGUGUACGGGACAGCUCCGAGGUCUCAAAAGCUAGUCCAGUUCCCCAAACUUCAGAAUCUGAGCGGCAUGAACAGAGCAUAUCAAAGGCAUCUGAUGACGAGGCAAGGAGUCAGAAGACGUUCUCUCCGGUUUUAAAUGGUGCUGUGGAUGAGACAUCUGCAAAAACGGAAAGCAAGUAGCACUGUGGAGUGCGAUGAGGAAGGUCCUUCUCGGUGCAUCCCUGAAUGAAACCCCCGGACCGUGCCCACUCCACUUUGGGAGCUGGUCUCUUCGCUCUCCGCUGCUCAGCGGAGAAUCGCCGUGAAAGCCGUCAAGACUUCACCUUCCCGGGGCAACCUCUCGGCUGCACUGAUUCGACAAACAAAUGAG